AUGUAUAAACGAAAAUUUUUAUCUGGUGCUGCAAAACGUCCAGCAAAAAGAAAAAGCGAACUAAUCGAAUGUGGAUUAUCGCCUGGCCAACAAAAAAUUCAGUUUUUUAUGGCAGGAUUAAAUCAACCAAGUUCAAGUACGGAAAACUUGCCAAUGGAAAAUGUUAUUGAACAAAAAGAAUGUCCUCAAAAUUCUGUUAUUGAAUGUGAACCUGUUAUUGCUUCUCAAAUUGGAAAAGAAAAUGAUUUAUAUGAAAAAGAAUGUCUUCAAAAUUCUGUUAUAGAAUGUUCUUCUCAGUUAGACAACAAAGUACCUGAAGUUAUUACCAUGACAAGAUUUAUUCAGCCAUCUCAUAAUGAUUCUAUUUCAAUAAAAAAUAAAUUUUUCAGUUAUCAUCCCAUUCAGCCCUUUGUAAAAACUGGUAAAGGAAAACUCGAUUUCAAAAGAAUUUAUUAUAAGCAUUUAAUUAAUGGCGAAGUUGUCCAAAGAAAGUGGAUAUCAUAUUGUUUAGAGAAUAAUUCUUUGUACUGUUCUAACUGUAUGGCAUAUGGAGAGCGGUUAAAUCUUGAGACGAAGGAAUCUAAAUUUAUUACGGGUUACAUUGCAGAUAUAAAAAAACGGAAAAGCUUGUAUAUUAAUAUUGACAGACAUGAAAAUUCAUUAUAUCAUCAAAAUUCGUCUUCUUCAGCUGUUCGAUUUAAUUUAAAUAAACAUAUUGACUAUAUAAUGAACUACGAUUUAAUGUCCAAAAGAGCUAAAGAGGUGGAAACUAAAAGAAAAGUGUUAGACCGUUUAAUUUCUAUAAUACUAUUCAUUGGCCGAAAAGGAAUUCCUUAUCGAGGUAAACAGGAAGGUUAUAUAUUCAUUAAAUGA